CACGUGUCUCAAACCCACCUUUCCCAUCCUGUCAAGGAAAAAGGUUGAAAUGGCAACGACAGCUCGUUCCAGUGACAGCAAGCAAGCAGAAAGAAAGAAACACGCCAUGGAAGUGCAUAGCAAGUAUCCCGACGCGAUGUCGUACGUGUACGUGACUUGCUGGGGCCAUUCAUUCCACACGAGUCCUGCAAGGAAAGACCAGUCGCCCCACGACGCGCAGCUCACGCACGCACAUCGUAUGGCUUUGAAGGGAAGAAUCGAGAAAGGGAUGCACGUUCUGGAUUGUGGAUGUGGCGUCGGUGGACCGGCUCGAGAGAUAGCAACUCUCACUGGAGCGAAAGUGACUGGAAUCAACAUCAGCAAGUAUGAGCUAAAAACUGCUCAAGAACUCACUAAGAAAAUGAAUUUGGAGCAUCUCUGUGAGUUUAAAGAGGCCAACUUCAACGAAAUGCCUUUUGAAGAUGGCACGUUUGAUCGAGUCAUUAGUAUGGAGGCUGUACUUCAUGCAGAAGACAGAAAACGUGUAUUUAGUGAGAUUUAUCGUGUCCUGAAGCCGGGGGGCAUGUAUAUAUUUCAUGAUUGGGCCGUCAAAGACAAAUACGACGAUUCAAACUCAGAACAUAAAGAGAUCAUCUCGACAAUAGUUAAUGACUAUGGUCUGCAUGGACUCGACACUAUGUCCACGCUCAAACGAUUUUUUCGUGAUUGUGGCUUCAACAUCCUCGAAUUUGGCGAUUUCAACGACGAUUCUCAAGUCCACUGGACUUAUUAUCUGGAACAAGAUGCCGGAAUUUUGGGUGGUUGGCUUAGUGACAAGUUUCUCUCGCCGAUUGUAUACAUAUUGGAGACUUUCCGAAUUGCACCAAAAGGCACGUGGUCUGUUUUGGAGUUAAUGGACAAUGCAAGACUCUCAAUGAUUCGUGGAGGCAAAAUGGGGAUAGUCACUUCGAUGGCUUUGUUUAUUGUCCAGAAGCCAGAAGCCUAGAUCGUAUCAGCAAGACAGGCAAUUGACGAUGGAACUCGUUUGACAAUACUAGUUACUACAUCACGUACAGUGACUAGAUUGAUUGUCUAGUUUGUGUUUUAGAAUGCAGUUAUUGCAGUGCAUGGUUGCUAGAAGUGUAGUGAUGGUAAAUGCCCUUAGUAUGUCUCUCAAGUGUUUGAUGAUAUAGAUGAAGUUCAUGCUUGA